CUUGUCGCUGGGGCGGGUGUCCAGCAGCGGCCACGGGGCUUCGGUUGCCGCCGCCCGGCCCGGCGUGGAGCGGCGGCGCGGUUAACCCGGAGGGUAGGGCCCGAGGGCGGCGUGAUGUACGCUUGAGUGCUACACAGCGCGUGGCUCGGGGCUGCCCCGGCUGUUGGGGCUCGGCGGUCGCCGGGGCAGUGUGGAGGCCCGGGGGCCUCGGCAUGAAGGCGGUGUCGCCCGGCGCCUCAGGUGCGGUGCGGGGCCUGUACGGGCGCGGUGGUGUGGUGCACGCCGUUGGCCGCUGCCUAAUGGGAACCCAGCAAUCUCACCUGCUCCUGAACCUGCAUUUGCAUCGGGAGCCAUGUGGUCAGCUGAUGAAAUUGCCGAGCUGUGUUACCUGCAUUAUAGGACCAGACUUCCUAAGCAGGGGAAGCCAAAUCCAAACAGGGAAUGGACUUCACUGGCAGCUGUUGUCAAAGUGGAGUCUGCAUUGCGAAGAGAGGUUCUUGCUAGUCCAGGGAAUCUGCAGGUAACAAAGGAAGUUGUUGCAAUGGGAACUGGAACAAAAUGUAUUGGACAAAACAAAAUGAGAAAAACUGGAGACAUUCUGAAUGACAGUCAUGCUGAAGUUGUGGCCAAGAGGAGCUUCCAGAGGUAUCUUCUCUAUCAGAUGGGGCUGGCACUUUCCCAUCAGCAAUGCAGUAUCUUUAUUCCGGGAACUGAAACUGGGAAAUGGAAACUCAAACCAAAUAUCAUCUUUGUUUUCUUCUCCAGUCAUACCCCAUGUGGAGAUGCUUCUAUUAUUCCAAUUAGUGAAUCAGAGAAACGGCUUUCUAAGCCAGUGACUGAAGAUGAUGCAGCUGGACAAUCAGCAGAGUGUAGAAGUAACCAUGAUCAUUUGCAUCCAGAAGAUAAAAGGAAAUCAGAGAAAACGGCAAGUAAUCAUAUGAUCAAGAGAAUGAAAACAGACAGUGGUGGUUAUUUUUCCGUAAUCACUGAAGACCUGGCUGUUCAGCAAGUAUCUGUGAAACAAGAAGACGAAACAAGUACAAAUUCUGCAGAGAUGCAAACAGCUAAUAAGGAGACUGGCUUAGGGAAACCAAAGGUAGUAGAUGUUUAUAGAACUGGAGCAAAAUGUGUGCCUGGAGAGCUGGAUGAUGCCCGAAUACCUGGGGUAGGGUAUCAUUGUGUGGGAUUAUUACGAGUGAAGCCGGGUCGUGGGGACAGAACGUGCUCUAUGUCCUGCAGUGAUAAACUGGCUCGCUGGAAUGUGUUAGGGUGUCAAGGAGCUCUUCUGAUGCAUUUCCUGCAGUAUCCAGUGUAUCUGUCAGCAGUUAUAGUGGGGAAGUGCCCGUAUAGCCAAGAAGCUAUGCGGAGAGCAGUUAUUGAAAGGUGUCAGCACAUCUCGUUUUUACCAGAUGGUUUUCUCGCUCAGGAAGUUAAGCUGCUGCAGUCGGAUCUUCAGUUUGAACAUAGCCGUCAGGCAAUUCAUGAAGUUCAAACUAACAGCAAAACAAAACUUGUUCCUUGUAGUGCAGCUAUCAGUUGGAGUGCGGUCCCUGAGCAGCCUCUGGACGUCACCUCAGAUGGCUUCCGGCAGGGAACAACAAAGAAGGCAAUUGGGAGCCACCAGAGCAGGUGUGAGAAUGUUGUGAUAUCUGGAUGCAUAUCGAAGAUCUGUAAAGUGGAACUCUUCCAUACGUUCCAAAAGCUGGUGACAAGUAUUUCACAAGAGGAUCUACCAGACACUCUCCGGAUGAAGACUCUAGAAACCUACGGGGACUACAAGGAAGCUGCAUUAAAUUAUCAAGAAGCCUGGAAAGUGCUGCGUAGCCAAGCCCUGCCGGGUUGGGUCAAGAAUGCCAAGGAAUACCUGCAGUUCACAUGAGAAUACAUGUGGCUAUGUAAAUCCAGCAAUAAGCCCCGGCGCACAGCAGAUACCUCUGCAGUUCAAGGGCCAGGAAGAGAUAUCCUCUAGUUUAUGUGCUGUAAGGAGACAGCAGCGAAAAGGAAAGCAAUUUAGAGAAGUCUUUGUUUUGAUUGAGUUGAAGUCCCCUUUUUAUUGAAAUACAGGAAAGGAUCAUUGCAUGAUACCGUAUACCUCCAAAAGAAAAGCAGCAGUGAUGUGCUAUCCUCUGUUAUCUGAGGAUAUGAUCUGUACUUCCUUUGCAAUGGACUAUGGCUGAAUAUCAGCUGAAAUUGAAGCAGUGCUGUGGAAGAAAUGCUGUCAUUGUAAAAUUUUAGUGCUGCUUUUUUCUUCCACUCUUCAUAAUGUUAUGGUUGGUUUUGUGUUGCUGGGACAACCCUAAUGUAUAGUAAGUAAUAUUUUUAUAAUUCUUGGCUCUCCUUGUCUGGUGCCUAGAAGAAUUUUCUGUGUCCCCCAGCCUCAAUGCUUCUAACUGGAAAUACUAGUCCUGCUAAAAGGUCUUUUUUCUGGGAGUCCUUUGUAUAAGCUUCCAUUUUCCUAAAUACAGCCGAAGCAGAAGAGUGCUGGGGAGAAGGCUGUGUCAAAUGAUAUCGCGCACAUGUCUUGUAAUUUCAGGACUUUGCUGGAUACCCCUUCAACUGCUUUGCUUCUGUGGGCAGGAAAGAAACCUCCUGAAUUACGCGGUUCAAACCUGUCAAUACUGUGUAAUUCUAGGCAAACAUUUACGUACUUUUCAGUGUUUCAACCACUGCCCAUCCCCCUGUCCCCCCUGUGAUACAUGGUUAAUUAAAAGCAGGGAUGCCUUUAGCCAUUUAUGUCACCGUUUCCUGGCAAGUGUUCGUUAAUAGCCUGGCAAAGGUGGAAAUGCUCUGGGGGGUUCUGGAAGGAGUCUCUGGCAGUUUUUGCCUUUAUGCUUUAUUACCAAAUAACAUCUGCAUGGCAAAACAGCCGAUAUUGAAAGCUGGGGGAAAGCAGCGAGUAAUUCUCCUUAAACUUUCCGUUUAUUGCUUUCUGUGAGUAAGUUCAGGACUAUGUAACUGCUAGUGAGCACACUCGCUUUUUGAACUUUUUCUAUUGUAUACUACAAAUCAUAAAAUAUUUGGACAAGGCAAUGGCAGGAUGAAAGAAGUGGAUAAUUUAGAACUUAAGAAUUCUUUAGUGAUUGAGUUUUCUCUUCUUUGGUACCUUACUAUAGUUUUGGAUUUGAAAAAUGGGCACAGUGGUUCUCCGAACAGCCUCUACAGUCAACCUACUGAGCUACAGACGGGACCGAGCAGUACAUAUCAUGUUGCAUUCUAAGAAUUGAUUACAGCAAAUCGUUUUACUUCACACUUGGAUUGACUUGUCAAACAAGAAUAGCUCUCUCUUACUUGUUGAAGAAGUAACAAAGAACUUAAAUUCUGUGCGUAUAAGCCUGUCCUCUCAAAUCCAGCACUAACAUGCAGAAAGACCAGUUGUAUUGGUGAGGGGGGAAGUUGUACACGUUUGUAGAGGGCAGGGGAUUAUGGAGAACAGAGACUUGCGUGAGUCAUCAGAGGAUGAAAAAUGGCCAGAUGCCAUUGCGGAUGGGAUACAGGGUGAACUGCUGAAGAGGAAAUGGUAGCAGUUACUGUAAUUGAGCAAAUAGCAUUCCAAGGGCAGACUCCUGUAGUGUACCAAAACGGACAGCCAGUAAAUUUCCAGGCUCCUGAAAUUUACCUUUGUCCUUCCCUGAAAUCCUGCAGAAACUAUACCUUAAUGCACCUAGUUUCCCUUUGUUAAUCAAAAAGGUCUGUAGUGAACCUGCCGACCAGACUGGAAUGUUCCCAUUUCCUAUCUGGCUGCAAUAUUAAAACGGGUUACAUAAGGCUGGUUGUUCUGUAGUCUUGGCAGCAGACUGCUUUUCAGAUGAGCAGUUAUAUGAUGUAAAUUCUUUUAACUCUUUUCUAAAAUUUGAGCCUGGCUGCUAGGAGAGAUUGUUCCUGGUCAGAUUUUCCUGGCAUUUGUAAAAUACUUGUGACCUGCAGACUGCUGCUUUCUGCUGCUUGUCAGGUUUAAAACUAAUAGUUUUAGAGGUGCCGAACACUGGUGUUAAACCUCACAUUUUGGAUGGAGUUGAGGUCAUCCUUAAGCCCAGAGUGAGUCAAUGAAUAUGCGAAGAGAGGGAAGGAGAUAAAACAAAGCAGCAUUUAAAAGGCUGUGCGGGGCUAAGCCUGCAGGAUCUUAUACUCAAUGGGUAGCAUUUCUGGGACUGAAAAUAAGUAUUUAAACGCUGCAUCUGUUUAAUUCCAAAAUGACAGGAAUGGUUAAUGGGGACAACCAAACAAUUGGUGAUGGGAGCAGCAGAGCAUGACGGCACUGAAAUUCCCAAGGCAUGUGUAAAAUGCUCUCCAAGAGCAUAUUUAUAUUAUCCAGGUUGGUCCUUGACUUUCCCAAACUAAUAUGGGGACCAAUGGUCCCCAUUUAACCGAACAAAGAAAGUGUAAUCCUUAUUUUGAGUGGGAUGUCUUUAACAGCUUCAAUAUUAGAGAAAUCAUUCUGUCUUCAAUCACAGUAAGAAGGCAGGGCACACCACCUGCUUAUCUUCAAGGAAGUCAAAACCAGAGCAUAGGAACAAGUGUUUUUAUUCAAGCGUAGCAGUAAACUGUCUGAGCUGGAGGCUGCACUUCCAUGAGACAACAUGCUAGUGUUCCACUGCCUUUGAAAAAGCAAGGUUUUGAUCUUCGCAGUGUGCUUGCACUGCUCACCUUACACAGGCUGGAGCACUAAUGGAUUUCGGUAUGUUCAGAGUAAAUUGAAGACUAUUUAAAUUACUGUCUUUGUAGAUAGUACAAAGUUUAUAAAGUGAGCCCAAAACAAGGUGUAGCUUUUCACUAGGAGUUAAAUCAUCUUUGCAGGAAGCCCAGUAAGCGCUAGAGGAAAGGAAGAGGGAGGGCUGUGCUGCGGAGGACAGAAAGAGGUAGAGCCAGGCUUCCUUGCACUUGUUACAAGCAUUAGCUGGGUAUGAAACCAUACCUGGAGAAAAUGCUGGAGGCGUGAUUAUGGAAAUGAAGUGUGAGUUACUUCUGGGAAGCUACUGUUGGUAAGGAAGAAAGAAGUGUGUUGGGGUAAAAUUGGGAGCCAAAUGUAGUUGAGGGGCCCAGCAGUUCUUUCUCUCAAAGCAUAACCAUCCCAAGAAUUUGAUAAUGGCAUUAUGAAAAUAAGAGGGUUGCAGCGGUGGUUUACAGGUGGAAGCAAGAAAGACCAUCUGAAUUCAUCUAGUACUGGUUUGGUUAUAUCAGAGAUGUCAUUUCAAGUUAGCUUAAAGAUAGGUGAUGUAGAAGUGUUGCUGUGGGAAUACUGAGGUAUUUCUUUGUUUCCUGUUCAGUGUGUAACUUGAAAUGCCUUCCCAGUCCUGCAGGGUUAACAGAAAGUGAAGAUCAUGUGGGACCCAAAUGCCUUUCAUAACUUUACAAGAGCGACUCUAUUAUCAUCUAAGGGGCCGCAUUUCAUCUGUGUGUUUCAAAAGGAAACCUUUUGAUGUUUUAUUGCCAUUUUGAGCGCAUCUGCAGAUGUAAAGUAAAGUUACUGCUGUAGAACAUUUAUCCUUGCAUUCUCUGGAAUUAUUUGCGUACCUGGGCUUCUAAAUCUAAACUAAUAAUUACAGACACGUUAAAGAGAGCGGUUAGGUGGGUUUUUUUAGAGGCUUAUGAACGGUAUUCCAAAAGUCAUCUAGAUCCUAACAUUGGAAAUAAAACUUCAUCUUCUCUUGUUAUGUUUUGGUAUAUCUAUGUGCUAGCAUGUAAUUAGCUUUAUUUAGCAGUUGUAAGUUACACUUCUUACUCUCUUGUUAACAGUUAUCAAAAAGUAUUACUUGAUAACCAUAGAUAUAACCAACAGAACAUUUCACAAUUUUAAAGGGUAAUAAAAAGAAAUCACAGAUAAAACUGCUUUUCUUCAUUUUGAAUCAAACAUUAUGUUAAGAGUAAACAUUAAUACUAAAUGCAUGGAAAGGGUGCUGGUGGAAGGAAUUCAUGAUGGAAGCAAUGACGGAAUGUUUACUAAAGCAGUGCUAUACAUUGCUGUGCUAUUCUGAAUAAUAAAGGCUUACUGAAAUCAACAGCACAUUUUCAGAAGCAGUGAGCACGUGCUGCACUGCUACUGGGACAAGCCUCAGCAAUAGAGUAGUGUCAACAUUUCACAGGCUCCUACCUUCUCAUUUUGGAGUCCGUCUGCCAGUCCCUGUGGAUGGCUCUAGAGCCAAACAUAAUUCUAGGCAUAAAGCGACUUCAUGGGAGCUUGGGUUAGUAUGAAUUUGAUUUAACUUGGAAAGUGAUAAAUUUCCACUGUGACUGGAAACAUUUUAAAAAUUAAACUCUCCUGUACCAUGUAGCAAGAAAAUUAAGUUAAACUUUUAUUAGGAAUCUAAAAUGUAAUUAGUGUUUCCUUGCUGCUUUACGAAGUUCAAAGCAAUGCUACUUUUCCAACCCAGUGUUAUUCUUUAAUAUCAAAGCGUGAACUCCAGUACUGGGCAAUUAAGUCCAUUAGGUGUUCUUUCUGCAUGUGCCCACCUUGUUCAGAGCCACAAGUUUGCCUCCUUGCCUGUGAGUAGAGGUAGCGGUGUAACUAUGGUAAGCCCAUUUGGAGAGAAGUUGAGAGCCUCAUGAAUAACAGCUUUUUUUGGUUUUGUGGCAAAGCCUCUACUUUUGCUGGGCUGUGUACGUGUUUUGGCAAUAGCGCUCAUAAACUGGAGGAACUGAUCUUGAAUUCUUUGUCUUGCAUGGAGCAUUUCUAAUUCUACUUGUCUGCCUCAACUAAGUAGAAUCAUAAAAUGGACCUUUAAAGGUCACCUUGUCCAGGCCUCCUGCAAUGAGCCGGGACAUCUUCAACUAGGUCAGCUUUCUCAGAGCCCCGUCCAACCUGACUUUGAAUGUUUCCAGGGAUGGGGCUUCUACCACCUCUCUGGGCAGCCUGUUCUAGUGUUUCACCACCCUCAUUAUAAAAAAAUUUCUUCCUUAUAUCUAGUCUGAAUCUACCCUCUUUUUAGUUUACCCCUUGUCCUAUUGCUACAGGCCCUGCUAAAAAGUUUGUCCCCAUCUUUCUUAUAAGCCCCCUUUAAGCACUGAAAGGCUGCUAUAAGGUCUCCCUGGAGCCUUCUCUUCUCCAGGCUGAACAACCCCAGCUCUCUCAGCCUGUCCUCACAGCAGAGGAGCUCCAGCCCUUGGAUCAUUUUUGUGGCCUCCUCUGGACCUGCUCCAACAGGUCCAUGCCUUUCCUGUACUGAGGGCCCCAGAGCUGGACACGGUACUGCAGGUGGGGUCUCACCAGAGCACAGCAGAGGGACAGAAUCACCUCUCUUGCCCUGCUGGCCAUGCUUCUUUUGAUGCAGCCCAGGGUACAACUGGCUUUCUGGGCUGAGAGCACACAUUGUUGGCUCACGUCCAGCUUUUCACUGACCAGUACCCCCAGGUCCUUCUCUGCAGGGCUGAUCUCAAUCCCUUCAUCCCCUAGCCUGUAUUGAUACCGGGGGUUGCCCUGACCCAGGUGCAGGACCCUGCAACUUGGCCUUGUUGAACCUCAUGAGGUUCACAUGGGCCCACUUCUUGAGCUUGUCCUCUUUGAUAGCUUCCUGUCACUCAGGUGUGUCAACCGCAGCACUCAGCUGUAUAGUAAAGCUGUUCUUUCACAUAAUUGGUUUUGUAAUGUCCUUACAAUAUCUACAGAAUUUUUACUUGGAAAGAACAUGUAUAUACCUGUAACCUGACUACUGCUUUUAUUUUUUUAAGAGCUGCUCAUGCAACUCUCUUAAUCUGAACUUACCAGUUAUUUCUGUCCGCAACUCAUGUACAAAAGGAGAACCUUCCAGUUCUCCAGCUCUCUGAUUUCCUAUUUGUAUCAUUCCUUCUUGUAAGUCUGCUUCCCUUCCAUGCUAUGUUUUUGUCACCUAGGUCCUGCUUCCCAAAGCCCAAGCUAUUUACUCCUCCACUGCUAGGCUGUGGGCAGGCGUAGCUCUUCUGAUGAAAUCGAGUAGCUCUGAAGCUAUUUGGUUUGGAACCUACAGCCAGAUCCUUGUAUCUUCUCCCAUCAUCCACAUGCUAAAGGCUGAGAAGCUGUACAGUGUCUAGU